UUUACUAAUUGGUUUGUUUUUUACAAAUAUGUUUUCUAUUAUAUAUUUGUCUUUGUUUUACCCUUGAAUUUCAAGGUUAAUGAUGACUAAAGAAGGAAGCUAUGGAGAAGAAACCCAAAAUGUUGAAUAUGACAUGUGAAUAUACUCCUGUUUUAAUCGUCAACAAUCAAGCCUUGAAGAAAUCUUAUCAUGUGGCUAACACAUGUGAUGCUGCUUUCAAAGAUGUGGAAAAACAGAAGUGGUCCAGACUAGUCACGUGCUGCCACGUGUCGGUUCUCUAUCCCUGGCGAUGCCGAAAUGUUAAUUCCCCAGUGACCGAGACUCGAACUCUGGUGGCUUCACUGUAUUGGGCUUUUUUCCUCAUGUUAAUCACCACCAGGCCACAAGCUUUGGUUUUUAAAUAAUU